ACACAACAACGGCCAGCACAGUCGUCUUUGCGAGCUCGAAUACGCUACACGCGGCCUGCGCGAUAACCCCAACCAGUCCAACAACUGAUUACACGUACUGUGGGCGAUAAUAUCCACACACAAGUGCUGCUUCCCAGAAUCCUGCCAACACGCUUUAUAUAAGACAUAAAAUUAUACAACCGACGUGUUUUUGUUAUUUUUGUUUUUACUGUGUCGUGCGACGAACAUUUUUUUGUUGCUUUCAGCUUUUUGAAGGCAAAAGUGCAAUAAUAUAAAGGAAGGAAGUACGCUUUUGUACGCAAUAGUUUCGAGGCCCGGCCUUUACAAAAGACAAAAGAAGAGUACCCGCCAAUUUAUUUGUGAUUUCGAUUCUUCGUCCAAUCAGUGUUUUUGUAAUAUUGAAAUUUUUUGUUCACAUUGUUGUUGCUGUCUUUGAGCACGUCCUUUGGCACAGCAAAUAAGUACACGUUGAAAAGUAGAAACUUAAAAGAAGCAGAAACAGCGAAAAACGGCAAAACAGUAACGAACUUUAAUACAACAACAGUUUUGUGUAAAUAAUUUUACAAAAAUAAUCAUAAAGAACCAAAGCAGAAGAGAAGGUCAGACAAGACAAAACAACAAGUCAAUUCGCUUUGGCAAAGUACUGAAAAAAGUGAAGGAUAUCGAGUGUUCCUAGAAUAACCAUCAAUCGUCGAAGCCCAUUUGAAAAGCUGCAAAAAGCGCAACAAUCUCAGGGAGCUUUAGAGCUAUCAUAUUACCACUGAAGGAUUUAUUUAAUCCUUGAUAUACUUCAAAUACCUCAAUAAAGGCUUAAUUUUUUAAUCGGACCAAGAGAACUUACUCGGCAGCAGUAUGGUGCACGGUGCGAGUCAGACCAACUCCAAAACAUUUCCGCAAUAUGUGGCCGCUUUAUCGGCUGCUGGGGGUGCCUUCGCCGCUGGUACCCUGCUCGGUUGGACAUCACCGGCAGAGGUGAAAAUUUACAAUGGCGCUUACGAUUUCCCCGUGAGCAAAGACGAAUUCUCCUGGGUCGGUUCGGCCAUGACAUUAGGUGCGGCUUGCGUCUGCAUACCCAUUGGCAUACUGAUCAAUUUGAUUGGCCGUAAAUUGGCCAUGUUACUGCUGGUCAUACCGUUCACCAUCGGUUGGGCUUUGUUGAUCUGGGCACAAAAUGUCGCUAUGAUGUAUGCUGCACGUUUCCUGCUGGGUAUUGCUGGUGGCGCUUUCUGCGUAGCCGCACCAAUGUACACUGGCGAGAUAGCGCAAAAGGAAAUUCGUGGCACGCUUGGCAGCUUCUUUCAACUUAUGAUAACGGCUGGUAUAUUGUUUGUGUAUGCCAUUGGAGCUGGCCUCAACGUCAUGUGGAUGAGUAUUGUUUGCGGUUUGAUACCAUUGAUCUUCGGUGUCAUUUUCGUCUUCAUGCCAGAGUCUCCCACCUACUUGAUCAUUAAGAAUAAGGAUGAAGACGCUGUCAAAUCCAUUCAAUGGCUACGUGGCAAGGACUAUGAAUACAAGGCUGAGAUUGAGGAAUUACGCGAAACCCAAGAAAAGAUCAAGGAAAAUGAAGUAUCAUGGUUGGUCGGUCUGUCACGUCCCGUUACUCGCAAGGCUCUGUUUGUCAGCUUGGGUCUUAUGUUCUUCCAGCAAUUGUGCGGUAUCAACGCUGUCAUCUUCUACUCGGCCAAAAUUUUCGAAGACGCAAACACCGGCAUUGACGCGAAUCUUUCCACCAUUGUCGUCGGCAUCAUGCAGUUCAUUGCCACCUUUGUAUCGACAAUUGUUGUUGACAAACUUGGACGCCGUCUAUUGCUGCUCACCUCGGGCACCAUCAUGGCGCUGUCCACCAUUUCCAUGGGUGUCUACUUCUACUUGCAAGAUCAGGAUGCCGCAUCAGUUACCAACAUCGGUUGGUUGCCCGUCGUCAGCUUGUGCUUCUUCAUUGUGCUCUUCUCAAUCGGUUUCGGCCCGGUGCCAUGGUUGAUGAUGGGCGAAGUAUUCGCUGCUGACAUCAAGGGCGUGGCUGGUUCCAUUGCCGGCACAACCAAUUGGGUUUUGGCCUUCAUUGUGACCAAGACCUUCGUGAACUUGACCGAUUCCAUUGGCAAAGGCGAAACCUUCUGGCUCUUCUCGGGCAUUACAAUUGUUGGUGUAUUCUUCGUGUACUUCAUUGUGCCCGAAACCAAGGGCAAGAGUUUGAACGAGAUUCAAGCCGAGUUGGAGGGCAAACACGCGAGCACAGCACCUGCAGCAGUCAAUGGCGCUGUUUAAAUGAGAACGGGAGAGCGCGAGAAAAAGAUGAGAACGGAAAAUAGAGGCGGUGUAUAACUCAGCAACUACACGAGUACACAGGGAAUGGAAGGAAGAGUUGCAGUUCGAACUUCAUUUUAAUGUUGUGCGUAGAGUUAGCGUUUCUAUUUUCUUCAAAAAAGCGAAAGAAGUGGGUCCGCACAGGCAGUCGGCUGGCGGAAAUAUGCAUUGCAUGUAUUAAUGCUUUUCUAAUUUAAUUUAAUUUUUUAAUUUUAUUGGAAAAGUAUUGCAUCAUUUUAGUUAAUAACAAUACAUAUACCGCAUGAUACAUGAUCACAUACAUACAUACAUAUGAAUAUAGACUCUAAUAUUAAGCCUUAAUGUUAAGUUAAAGCGCAUACAAGACGAGAGGAAAAGCAGUUAUUUAUUAAAAAAAAAAAGAAAAGAAAAAUCUGCAAUAUUACGCUUUUCCUUCGCCUUCACUAAUUCUACAACAAAGAAUUUAUAAUUUAAUGAUGUAUGUAAGCUUAUAGUAGAAAUGUAAUUGUUAUAAUUUUAAUAUGUUAUUUUACCGUAAUUCGCAUUAUGUACACAUUAUAUAUUUAUAUUUUGUUUUGUGUUGGCAACUCAAGCUGUUUUAAAAUAUUUAUAUACACACAUGCAUACGUAUUUGUGAGUGAAAUUUUAAUCUGUUUGUUUUGUUGUAACCUAAAAAUAACUUAUAUACUCACUUGUGUCUAGGAAAAUGCAAUUUUAUGUAAAAGUUUUUAGGUGAUAAAAGCAUUUUAAUUUCAUAGAAACCCACACAAACACGAGAAAAAGUAAUUUAAUUCAUAAAAAGUAAGAAAUAUAUGUAUAUCUUUUGCUUAUUGAAAAAAAUAUAUUUUUUUAAACACGAACAGCGUUGUAAUUUCAAAACAAAAAUCGAUUUCAAUUAUUUUUUUUUUUGUAUAAAUUAUGUUUUUAUUUUUUUGAAAAACGAUUUUGUUAAAAAUAAAACAAUCAAAAACAACAACAACCGUUGCAAAUUGAAAAAUACAUUUUUUUAUUUAAAAAUUUUAAUUGAUUUUGUUUUAUUUUUUUAAAUAAUAUAUAUGUUUUUUUAAUUUUUAUUUUAAAGAAAAUCGAUUUUGUGAAAGAAAACAAUUAAUAACAACAAAAAAUGUUGCAAUUUGAAAAAUAAAUAAAUUUUUUAUUUUAAAAAUUGUUUUUAUUUUAAUUUUUUAAUAAAUUUUUUUAAUUAUAAUUACUUUAUUAAAAAUCGAUUUUGUACAAAAAUUAUUCAAAAUUUUUUAACACUGUAUUUAAAAAUAAUAAUAAUAAUUUAAAAGCAAAGCAGUAAAGAUGACAUGAAAAUAAAACUAACAGAGAAGACUGAAGGUCACGAGAAUAUCCUAAUGAAAUUACAGUUAUAAUCAAAUGCAUGUAAUGUUGAAAAAUCAAGUUGUUGUAAAAGUUUAAGCUGUUUUCAGAGUUAAGUUAGGAGGGUUAGCAACGAGAAACGUGAAUGUGUGUGUAAAGUAUGUAAUCUAGGUUUGUUGGUAAACAAAAAAAAAAAAUAAUAAUAAUUCAAUUUAAAGUAUUGCGGUUUGAAAAACUAUUAGCAGCAUACCACCAACCAAGCAUAUUAGAGUUUACAAAUACAAAAUAUUAUAUUACACAAAAAAAAAAAAACAAAAAAGAAA